AUGGUCCCCAAGGAGCUGACCCAGUACCAGGGGAUUACCCAGCUGCUCCUGCAUUUCCGGUGGACGCUGGUGGGCCUGGCUUCUGUGGACACUGAAAGCGGAGAAAGGUGCAUGAGGGCCUUGAACACGGAGAUCACCAGGAGCAGAGUUUGUGUGGUUUUCACACUAAACAUCUCAGGCUCAUACAGAAGCUACCUGGAAGUCCAUCGCACAUUGUUUCACACAUCAGGGGAAGCUGACGUUUUUGUUUAUUGUGCAGAGACAAGGCCCUUCAUCGAGGGCAUGUAUCAGAUUCAAGACUAUUGCGAUUACCUCAGAAAAUCCAAGACAGGGAAAGUGUGGAUCACCACCGCUGUGUGGGACUUCUCCUUGGAACUGGUGACUAAUAUACCUUCACAGAACAUCCAAGGCAUAUUUUCCUUCCUUAUCCAAAAAAGUGAAAAGAAAGCAAUUGAUCGCUUCUUUUGGCGCUUUUCCAUGUUUAUGCAGCAGUUUGUCGAGAGAAUAUUUCAGUGUCCUUCUUCAAAGAAGACCUUGUCGGUGAAAAGAUGGACAAGGUGCAGGUCAAAGGAGCAACUGUUGCUGCUUUCACAAGAGCAGACGGAGAGGAUCCUGUCCCUGGACAGCCACGUCACUUACAACAUUGUCCUGGCUGUGGCACGGGCUCUCGAUGCUGCUGCUUCAUCCAUAUCCAGGAGGAGGUGGCAGAAGGGAAACAAGGAAGGUGUUUUUAAGCUGCAGCCCUGGCAGUUUUAUAAUUCUUCGGUCAUCGAUGGAGCAUAUUGGAGCAAGAAUAGGGAGCUGGUUGUGGACUUGGACAUUGUGCACUGGGUGGUGUUUUCCAAUUACUCUGUGCUCAGAAAGAAGAUUGGGAGCUUGGAAAGACAGGGAGCACGACACCUCAAAGUCACCAUUGAUAAGGACACCACUGAGUGGCCCAAACGGAUCAACAAGCCACUGCCCCGCUCCAGGUGUGUGGAGACCUGUCACCCGGGAUCUGUCAAGGUGGUUCAGGAAGGAGAGCUCAUCUGCUGCUACGUCUGCACCCCCUGCCCAGAAGGGACCUUCUCUUCCCAGGAAGAUGCAGAGCAGUGCAGCACGUGCCAAGAAGAUCAGCACCCAAACGAACACCAGGAUGGAUGCAUCCCCAAGAACAUCACGUUCCUCACCUAUGAAGAACCUCUGGGGAUCAGCCUAUCUUGCCUUGCCCUACUCUUAUCCCUAUCCACAGGACUUGUGCUUGGGCUCUUCAUUAAAUCCCUGGAAACUCCAAUCGUCAAAGCCAACAACCGGGACCUCUCCUACAUCCUCCUCAUCUCCCUCCUGCUCUCCUUCUUGUCUUCCUUCCUUUUCAUUGGUCAACCAAGGCAAGUGACAUGCCUCCUCCGACAAACAGCCUUCAGCAUCAUCUUCUCAGUGGCUGUCUCUUCUCUCUUGGCCAAAACAAUCACAGUGGUACUGGCCUUCCUGGCCACCAAGCCAGGCAACAGGAUGCGAGGAUGGCUGGGGAAGAGCUUGGCGAACUCCAUUGUCAUCUCAUGUUCAAGUAUCCAGGUUGUCAUCUGCAGCAUCUGGCUGGGCACCUCCCAUCCCUUCCCUGACUUGGAUAUGCAUUCCCAGGCUGGACACAUCAUCUUGCAGUGCAAUGAAGGCUCUGUGGCCAUGUUCUACACUGCCCUGGGUUACAUGGGCUUCCUGGCUGCUCUUUGCUUUACGGUGGUCUUCCUGGCCAGGAAGUUUCCUGAGGCCUUCAAUGAGGCCACGUUGAUCACCUUCAGCAUGCUGGUCUUUUGCAGCGUCUGGGUCUCCUUUGUGCCCACCUACCUGAGCACGAGGGGAAAGUACAUGGUGGUCGUGCAGGUCUUCUCCAUCUUAGCCUCUGGCACUGGGCUGCUGGGCUGCAUCUUCCUGCCCAAGUGCUAUAUUAUUCUGCUCUGGCCUCAUCUGAAUACGAAGGAGCAUCUAACAGCAAAAACAAAAUAG